AUGAAAUCUCCCUCCAUCCACCGGAUCCAACCGAUCAUCAUGGCCUCGGUAUCAACAACAGUCCCGCGCCUCCUCGUCGUGGGCGGGAACGGCUUCCUCGGCUCGGCCGUGUGCAAGGCCGCCGUCUCUAGGGGCUGGGACGUCUCCAGCAUGUCCUCCUCCGGAACGCCAUACACGACCCCAGCAGGGCACACGCCAAAAUGGGUGCAGCGCGUGCAGUGGCACAAGGCGUCUGCCUUUGAGCCAUCGACGUUUGCCGACCUGAUCUCGAACAAGACGGCCGUCGUGCACACGCUCGGUAUCCUGCUCGAGGACGCGGGGUACAAGGCUGCUGUCCGACAAGGUAACCCCCUGGGCGUACUCAAGGCUGUAGCGCAGGGUGUCCUUGGCUCCGGGGUCGACAGUAACCCGCUCAAGACGACGGCGGAGAAGAGGAAGGGAUACGAUGCAAUGAACCGGGAUUCGGGUGAGGAACGCAGCUGUAACGUUGAACGUACCAAGCUGACGACAGCCAUCUCGGUGCUCGACACGAUGCUCCAGCACCCGCACCUCGUUGACGGCGCCCCGUCUCCGAGGUCGUUCGUCUACAUCUCCGCCGGCACCGGCUUCGCCCCCAUCGUGCCCGAAGGCUACCUCCGGAGCAAGCGUGAGGCGGAGGGUCUGAUCAUCCAGAAGUGCACGCCGCAGACGAAUGUGCACCCGCUGAUCAUGCGUCCCGGUCUCAUGUACCACUCGCACACCCGCCCGCUUAGCACGCUGCCCGCAUUCGCCGUCUCCCUCAGCGCCGGACUCCACGACAGGCUGCACCUGCCCUUGCCCUUCUCGGAGGAGAGCAUUCUGGGCAAGACGGCGCAGACGCUGCGCACGCACCCGAUCCACGUCGACCACGUCGCGGACGCCAUCUGCAAGUCUAUCGCUGAAGGACGCGAGGGCGUCGUCGAUGUACCCACCAUGAGGGCCUGGGCUGGGUUUGAUGUGCCCGAGGGAGAUCUGGGGGCUCAGACGGCGUAG